GGGCGGGGUUCCCGGAACGGCCGGGGCGGGGCGCCGCGCGGGUCGCAGAGGCUGAGGCCGCACCGCGACCGUCAGUCUGCCCGCCAGCCCAGCCAUGGCCACUUCAGCCCCCGCGCCUCGGAUCCUGCUGCUGCUGUUGCUGCUGCUGCUACCGCCGCCUCCGGGUGCCCACAGUGAGGUGUGUAUGGUUUCUACUGGACGCAGCCUCUUCCCCAAGUUCUGCCCUGAUUUCUGCUGUGGCACCUGUAACUACCAGUACUGCUGCUCUGAUGUGCUGGAGAAAUUUGUGUGGAGCAAGGAUGAGUGUGAUGUUCCAGAGGCCAGUGUCCCCGCCAGUGUGGAGCCAGGAGAGCAGCUGGGCUCAGCACUGAGGUUCCGCUCCAGCUUGGACAGCGACCCCAUGUCAGGGUUUGGAACGACUGUAGCUGUCGGCCUGACUAUCUUUGUGCUGUCUGUUGUCACCAUCAUCAUCUGCUUCACCUGCUCCUGUUGCUGUUUGUACAAGAUGUGCCGCCGACCACGUCCGGUCGUGACUACCACCACGGCCACCACAGUGGUACACGCCCCUUACCCACAACCUCCAAGUGUGCCACCCAGCUAUCCAGGACCGACGUACCAGGGCUACCAUUCCAUGCCCUCCCAGCCAGCGAUGCCAGCUGCACCCUACCCAACGCAGUACCCACCACCCUACCCAGCCCAGCCCAUGGGUCCCCCCGCCUACCACGAGACAAUGGCUGGAGGUGCGGCCAUGCCCUAUCCUGCCAGUCAGCCUCCUUACAAUCCGGCCUACGUGGAUCCCCCGAAGGCAGCUCUCUGAGCACACCCUUGCAUCUCUGGCUGCCACUUGAUCUGUCAUGUGUGUAUGUGAAUGGGUAUGCAGGCACGGUCUUGUUUCUUCCCGUGCGUGGUGUGUGUGUCCUAUUUGUACACGAAGUUUCUUGUGAGGGGUGGAGGACAAUCCUUCCCAGAGUUAAUUGGGACCAUAGCUUGUUCCCUUCCUGACUUGAAAUUAUGCUUCUGAAAUCUCAAGCAAAACUGAAAGAAUGGUUCUCUUCCAGACAGCCCAGGAGGCCAAAUGGGGGUUGUCACCCUAGGAUAGCACAGCUUUUUGUGGGCACAGUGCACCCGUGUUCCAGUUUCUGAGGAAUGCUGGCCACUGCUCAAGGCCAUGGCUUGUCCCCAGACUUGCCUUCAAAGAACCAGAGCUGUGAUGCAGACAAGUGGGUGAGGUGAGGCUUGGGAGCCAGCCAGAGGUGGGUUUCAACCCUUGUGGCAGACAGCCCACAGCUCCCACAGCCUGUGCCUUGCCCAUUGGAGGGAGGGCAGCCUCCUGAUAUCAAAACAUCUCAGGCACAGCCGCACCCUCCCUCGAGCACUCUCUGCCUGGACUCUUGCAUCCUUCCUGGGACCACCUGGAAAGCCACAUUUACCCAUGGUUCUGGCCGCCCUGACUCCCGCCACAGAUGCACAGGCUGGCCUCUGUCUACCUACACACUCAGGUGUCAUUCCUGCAGUGUUUUUUGAGCUAAACAUUUUACCUGCUUUGUUUCAAAGUGUGUUAUAAUUGCUGUGAGGCUGAAACCCCUGGGUCCUAGAGAGAAAUUGCCCCAGAGGAGAGAGACUGUCUAACGUGAUAGCCCCUGCUUCCCCAGCACCAGCCUCACAGACUAUCUAGCUCCUGUACCCCAGUCCACAGUCUGUCCUGGCAGUGGGGACACCUGGGCCAAGGGGUCAUCUGGACCAAAGGUGGAAGGGGCCCUGGGUGGCUGCUUUGGCCCAGACACAAUACCUCGGUGUUCCCUCUCCUCUAUUAAUGUCUUACCACAUUGUAGCUUUGUACCUGUUCGUGUGUUUUUGAGAAUCUAGAGUCUGCACCCUUGUUUAUGAUAAAUGCAAGUAUUUGGA